UCAUGUACAUGGACAAUGUUGUUGAGAAUCCCUCGGGUUUUCCUCUCGAGCUUUACGUUACCACGAGCAAACCAAACGUCUCCGUCAACGUCAUAGCUCCUGGCUACCCGUUAGUGGUCUCCCUCACUGACAGCCUGACAGCAGGCACCGUGAAACAGUUCAAUAUCCCCAAAGAGCUCCGCCAGGUGGAGACAGGAUUGGAAAGAAAGGCCAUUUUGGUGGAAGCCACGGAUGACGUUGUCGUUUACGGUGUUAAUAAGGAACUGUUUUCUAAUGACGCUUUCUUGGCGUACCCGACGGAUACAUUAGGCAUGGAGUACUUCACAGUAUCGUACGCCCCACCAACGACGAAUUGCGAGUUUGGAAUCGUUGGUGUUGUCGAUGGGACAAGCCUGGAAAUAACUUUCCCCAGUCCCAGCGGAACACCAGUGCAAGUGUCGUACGGUGGAGUAAACUACGGCAACGGCGACAAAUUAACGGUGCCGUCCUUUAAUCGAAGUCACACUCUUCAAAUCCGCUCACAGGGCGACCUCACGGGGACCUUCAUCAAAGCCACCAAUCCAGUUGCAGUGUUUAGUGGAAACGUCCGCACCGCGGUUGGCGAAAGUGAGUCACGCGAUCAUCUCGUGGAACAGAUUCCACCAAUCAGAUCAUGGGGCACAGAAUUUGUGACGGUGCCAAUACCGAGGCGGACGGUCGGAGAUCUAUUUCGCAUAAUUGCAAGUGUGAAUAAUACAGCUGUUACCAUAAGUGGAAUGCCAGAGAUGACAAUAGACAGAGGAGAAUUUGUUCAGGUGAACAUCUCGUCCACAAUGUAUGCCUCCAUACGCGCCACUCGGCCCAUUCUGGUGAUGCAGAUAGUAUACAGCCAGUUUGAUCCUGACGAACCAGCCGACCCCGCUAUGAUUACAGUGCCGCCCACUGAUCAGUUUGCACAAGAAUACAGUUUUCUGACCCCAGUCUACAGCGGCGGAGUGACCGGCGGCGACUACACGCACCUGUUUCUACUGGCCAUCAGAGAGGAGGACCGUAAUGGACUUUGGCUGGACGGUCAGCCGCUGAACUCUACCCACACUGUCAACUGGAAUCGCAUCUCCGGGACAAAUUUCGUUGGCACGUGGGUAAACGUCAGCGGUGGGGCUCACACAGUGUACCAUCCAAACGCGACUUUCAUGGGUUUGUUAUAUGGCACUGCGGACAGAGAAACGUACGGCUUUCCCGUGGGCAUGCGACUGGCUGAUAUUGCAGUGAAUUACACAACGCCAGCAGUCACUGUCACCACAGUUACCACAGAAGCACCGUCGACAGUCACAGCAUGUACCGCCGCUUUGGUGGAAAUAUCAGACUUCAAUAUGGCCUUAGCGUUCGCCAUAGCGGUGGGUGUGAACCUGCUGACCGCGUGUUUGCUCAUAAUCGCCACCUACAAAUGGCGGCAGGCGGUGGGGGAGAACAAGUUUGAAGAGACGAUGGAGAUCCCCUAUCGGCCUGAUAGCAACGGUACGAUAGGAGGCGUUGGAGGGGUGACGACCCAACCGGAUCCAGAUCACAUAGACCGAAAUUGGUUGAUGAAUGCCGAUGAUUUUGAAGGUCACGAAAAGGGUUCUUAUGACAUUAAUAGCAGGUUAUAGUGGUGGUUUUGUACGAUAUAUCGACGUUCAGACUUGGACCUUCUAUGUAUGGAGAUUCUUGAAUUGACAAGAUACGUGUAUAACUCUAUUUUUUAGAGUGCAAAUCAAUCAGAUAAAAAGAGUCGAUUUGGCACUUGUUGAAUCGCGAAAAGCUAAGACUGGCGGAGAAGUAUUUAGUAAUCAUCUAUUUAAUUUUUUCUCAUUCCAUAAUUGUAUAUACGUUAUGUUGUAGCAAUAAGCACUGAAAAUCCAACCAAAAAUGAGAAAUGACUUAUUUUUGUGACAGACACAAUACAUGUACUUCAUUUCAACCGAAAAUGGAAGUACCGAUCUUUGCCAUCGGUGGUGCCAGUGCACAAUUGUAUAUGAUUACCCAUAUAGGCAUAUAGCUAUAGCACAUAUUCCUGUGAAAGGUGCCUCCUUGUGAGCGAGUGCUUGUAUACAAUGGAGAUACAUGUAUGAGGGCGUUUAACUUAUUCCGUUUAGAGGAAAAUUGAGGGGAUGGGGGUGACGGUUUACUCAAAGUGUUUAUCAUACGAAGCGUACGGUACUGUUGACACCAGCGCUAUGCACACUAAAAGGGAUGAUACUGCUGUACUUUGCAUGGAACUAGAUACUAACUGAAAUGUAUAUUAUCACAUACUGUGUCAAAGGAAAACAAGACACAUCGUUUUGAG